AUGUUGUUCAGUCUUUCGGAUUCUACAUCCCUAUGGUCUCUCCCCAACACCCGAGCAUCUACAACUUUUGAAUCCCAGUUUGGUUCGCAUACGACAGAACCACGUGUCUUGCUUUCUACCCACAUUAAGAACACCGACACGUCACACAAAUUUGCUCAUUUGGUCAACUAUGAUUACCCAGACUCGUUGUGCCUAAACUAUUUUACACUGCUCCGAUUACCUGAUGUGCGAAUUGUCGACACUCCAUCCGAUUUUAUGGCUCACUUGCAAAACUUUCAGCUACAUCUGCAUGCCACAGAUCCCAUACCUAAUUCUUAUGUGUUUCCUAGCCUGAAUCCUCGUCCAGUAAUUCACACAAUCCCUACUUUACCUGCCCUCUUGAUCGCCCUCAGUGCCAUUCCAGCGUUAUAUCGUCUCCUCGUUCUCGGACACAUGCCUGCUUGUCUGGGUGAGUGUCGACUAGAUUUGGCCUCCUCCCCACCCGUGUUCCAUGUUUAG